AUGAGCGACGAGUCCAUCGAGCGUGAGCAGCUUCGCAAAGCGCUCCUACAACACUGGCCCCUCCUAACCACAGCCAUUCUUUCCGAGACCUUUCCAACGGACGCUAGCCCCGGCCCAUUCAUCCAAUCCGCCAUUGCCCAGGACGGUCCCGACAAGGCCAGGUUCGUGGCAAUCUUCGACUGCCUCGAACGAAACGCGAAAGAAACCACCCUCCACCGUGACCAAAUCCAGUCCGAACUAACGAAACGCGUCGAAGAAUACGAAGCCGACCUCGUUCGCGCCACAAGACGUAUCUCAGAUUUCGACCAGGUUAUUGCCACCCAGACAGAAGAGCUCCUGGAGACCCGUGCCAAGAUCACGGGCCUGAACGCAGAAAUUACCCGCCUGAACAGCUGCGUCACGCAGCACAAUGAACGCAUCUCAACCCUCCAAGACGAGAAAACCGAACUCCAAACCCGCCUAGCCCAAGCGACGACGGCAAACGGACCUCCAAUUCAUUUCGGGACCACCCCGAAGGCCCGACGCACCACAACAAACCCUGACAAAUUCACCGCGGGCCAGCAGGACACAGCCAAACGCCAAAGCGCCUAUGAGCGGUGGAAGACCCAAGUGGAACAAAUUCUAGUCGUCGACGCCGAGUGUUUCCCGAAGGCACUCGACAUCCUUACGUUCAUCACAAGUUUGCUGGGCGGCAAGGCCUGGGAUGCCGUCCAGGACGGCGUCCAGACAAUGAACGCCAACCCGAAGAACUCACAAUUGUGGACUUGCACCCAAUCUGCGAAAAACAUGCUGGACACGCUCCACCAGGGAAACAGAGCCUACGGCGACUUCAAGGCCGACUUCGACCACUACGCCGACAAAGCCAGGCUCGACAGCCGCUCGAAAGUCGACAUGCUACGCAAACGGUUGAACGGUGCCUUCACCGCUGUCAUCGAUAACCAGAUCACCCUGCCGGCCGCCGACGACUACGCCGGCUGGACCAACGUUACCGAUAACAUUGCCCGAAACCUGCAGCAGAAAGAACACAUCACCAAGCUACGAAAUAUAGCCAAACCGCACCUUGAAGCACACGCACAAGACCGAGUAGCCCCAGCUGUUGAUGCAGGCGACCCCAUGGAACUCGACCGCAUCCGCAUCUCCGACGCUGAACGCAGGCGCCGCACGGACAACGACCUCUGCCUGGCGUGCGGCGAACCAGGACACUUCGCACGAGACCACCACCGACCAGUCGAUCCCGUCCCGAUGCCCCGACGCCAAGCCAACACCCGCAGCACUUUCCAAAGCACCCACGCCCGCGGCCGCGGCCGCGGUCGCGGUGGAUACAACACACAAGCCAGCCGAACCCAACCCCAAGGCCAGACCCAGCAACAGGGGAGUUGGCAAUGGAUGCCCCAGACGCAGUUCCAGCAGCCCCAGUUCUUGACGCCACAACUUCGUGCCCUCCCCACGGGGCACAUCAUCGGCGAGACGAGCUCCGAGAACACCAGCGUCACUGGAGAUGACAUAUCAAGCACCUACACUGCACCUGACGCUCAAGGACACCAGUUAAAAGGCCCGCCCCUGGAUUAA